AUGUUUGCUGGAGCAGAGGCACGCAUAAACAUUGUGUUUAAUCAAGGACUUGGAGCGAACACGCUGUACCCUGGCUCGGCGCAGAGGGAACAGCUGCGGGGCAGGGCCGGGGACGCUGACGGGCGGUGCCGGAGCGACCUCCGGGGGAUCGGGGCAGGUACCACCGCGCCCCGGGCAGGGGGAGCCGGGCAGGUACCACCCGCAGCCCGGGCAGGGGGAUCGGGGCAGGUACCACCGCGCCCCGGGCAGGGGGAGCCGGGCAGGUACCACCCGCAGCCCGGGCAGGGGGAUCGGGGCAGGUACCACCGCGCCCCGGGCAGGGGGAGCCGGGCAGGUACCACCCGCAGCCCGGGCAGGGGGAUCGGGGCAGGUACCACCGCGCCCCGGGCAGGGGGAGCCGGGCAGGUACCACCCGCAGCCCGGGCAGGGGGAUCGGGGCAGGUACCACCGCGCCCCGGGCAGGGGGAGCCGGGCAGGUACCACCCGCAGCCCGGGCAGGGGGAUCGGGGCAGGUACCACCGCGCCCCGGGCAGGGGGAGCCGGGCAGGUACCACCCGCAGCCCGGGCAGGGGGAUCGGGGCAGGUACCACCGCGCCCCGGGCAGGGGGAGCCGGGCAGGUACCACCCGCAGCCCGGGCAGGGGGAUCGGGGCAGGUACCACCGCGCCCCGGGCAGGGGGAGCCGGGCAGGUACCACCCGCAGCCCGGGCAGGGGGAUCGGGGCAGGUACCACCGCGCCCCGGGCAGGGGGAGCCGGGCAGGUACCACCCGCAGCCCGGGCAGGGGGAUCGGGGCAGGUACCACCGCGCCCCGGGCAGGGGGAGCCGGGCAGGUACCACCCGCAGCCCGGGCAGGGGGAUCGGGGCAGGUACCACCGCGCCCCGGGCAGGGGGAGCCGGGCAGGUACCACCCGCAGCCCGGGCAGGGGGAUCGGGGCAGGUACCACCGCGCCCCGGGCAGGGGGAGCCGGGCAGGUACCACCCGCAGCCCGGGCAGGGGGAUCGGGGCAGGUACCACCGCGCCCCGGGCAGGGGGAGCCGGGCAGGUACCACCCGCGGCUGACGCGGGUCCCGCUGUGCCCCGUGCCCAGGUGACGUGCAUCGAGGUGGUGGAGGCGUACGUGGAGAGGAUCAAGGAGGUGAACCCGCUGGUCAAUGCCGUGGUGAAGGACAGGUUCGAGGAGGCGCUGCAGGAGGCCCGGCAGGUGGAUCAGCUGCUCUCGGAGGGCCCUGGCGAUGACAGCCUGGAGGAGAAGUUCCCCUUGCUGGGGGUGCCCAUCACCGUCAAGGAGGCCUUUUCUCUCUACGGGAUGCCCAACACCUCUGGCCUGGUGAGCCGCCGCAGCGUGAUCGCCGCCUCGGACGCCGCGGUGGUGUCGCGGCUGAAGCAGGCGGGCGCCAUCCCGCUGGGCGUCACCAACUGCAGCGAGCUCUGCAUGUGGUACGAGUCCAGCAACAGGGUCUACGGGCGCACCAACAACCCCUACGACCUGCAGAGGAUCGUGGGCGGCAGCUCAGGUGGGGAGGGCUGUGCCCUGGCAGCCGCCUGCUCAGUCGUGGGCGUGGGCUCUGACAUCGGCGGCAGCAUCCGCAUGCCUGCCUUCUUCAAUGGAGUCUUUGGCCAUAAACCCACAACAGGGGUGGUGCCCAACGACGGCCAGUUCCCCAACGCCGUGGGGGUGCGGAGCAGCUACCUGUGCACGGGGCCCAUGUGCCGCUACGCCGAGGACCUGGAGCCCGUGCUGAGGGUCAUGGCCGGGCCUGGCGUCAGCAAGCUGAAACUGAAUGAGAAAGUGUCGCUGGAGAAAAUCAAAUUCCACUGCAUGGACCAUGACGGCGGCUCCAUUUUUGUGUCACCUGUAGACAAGGAGAUCUUGCAGGCCCAAAAGAAGGUGGUGGAGCACCUUGAAAGUGACCUUGGGGUCCAGGUUCAGCGUGUGUCAAUCCACAAGAUGAAGUAUUCUUUCCAGAUCUGGUCAGCCAUGAUGUCAUCCAAGGACAGCGAGGGGCAGGAGGCACAAAGAUUCACAGACCUGCUGGGGGACCACGGGAAGCCAGUGUGGCCGCUGUGGGAGCUGAUCAAGUGGCUCGUGGGGAUGUCUUCUCACACCCUCCCAGCUAUUGCCCUGGGACUGACAGAGAAGCUGGUGAACCUCAACCUUAGUGGGAAGGCCAAGCUGGUGAGCAUGGGGAAGAGCCUGCAGGAGGAGAUGGAGGCACUGCUGGGGCCGGACGGGGUGCUGCUCUACCCCUCACACCCCACCAUCGCCCCCAAGCACCACUCCCCCAUCUGCAUGCCCUUCAAUUUUGCCUACACAGCCAUCUUCAACGUGCUGGGGCUGCCAGUGACUCAGUGCCCGCUGGGGCUGGGCAGCGAGGGGCUGCCCCUGGGCAUCCAGCUGGUGGCAGCUGCCCACAACGACCACCUGACGCUGGCAGUGGCCCGCUACCUGGAGAAAGCCUUUGGAGGAUGGGUUUUACCAGGGAAGGUUUAACCUCGGCAGGCAGGGACAGAGGUGCUGACGGGAUCCCAUCUGGCACCGCCUGCUCCCUCUGCGACCCCUGCGCCCUGCUGGGAGUGGCUGGGGCUGCCUCCAGCC